AUGGGUGGCGCGGAAUUCGGCACAGCCAAGUACUUGAGUAAGAAACUCAAAGCCAAAGGCUUACAAAAGCUGCGAUUUUAUUGCCAGGUUUGUGAGAAACAGUGUCGAGAUGAAAACGGCUUCAAGUCUCACAACAAAUCACCGUCUCAUGAGCGGAGGAUAGCUCAACUAAAGCCCCAGGAUGUGGAUAUGUACACGGAGCACUUUGAGAAGGACUUCUUGCGCUUACUGCGAAUAUCGCAUGGCGAAAAGAAGAUCGAGGCAAACAAGUUUUAUAAUGAAUUCAUUCAGGAUCGGGACCACAUUCAUAUGAAUGCCACAAGGUUCCAUUCCUUGACCAAAUUUAUUCUGCACCUAGGGAAGACAGGUAAAGUACGAUUGCACGGGCUUGAUGCGGGCAUGAUUAACGACCUCGAAGUGGAUGAGGGAAAGAUCUUAAUAAGUUACAUUGAUGAUUCAUACGAGAAUAUGAUGCGGCAGGAUAAGCUUCGAGAGCUCGAAAAGUCUGAAUCUAGUGAACAAGAUCUCAAAAUCAAAAUUCUCAAGAAACAGAUGGAGGAAGGGAAGAAGGAAGCUGAUAUGCUAGACUCAGAAGACGAAGGAGAUCGGCAAAAAACUACCAAUAUGCUCCCGGUGGGCAAGAUUUCCCUAACGCUUUCUAAGCCCGGAGACAAAGGCAAAGUUACAAAAAAGAGGAAGAAUGUAUUUAAAAGUCCACGGUAA